AGGGCCCUAAGCGGCCCCACGGCGGGGCGUCGGAAGACCGGCUCGGAGGCGGCGGGGGACCCAGGUGGCCGGGCCCGGCGCGCACUGCACGCCUCCCGGAACCGCUGUGCGUCCUAACCGUAACGGGGAGGGGCCUCCGGGAGCAGCUGCCGGCCAGUCAAAGUAUGCUGGGAGCGGUGAAGAUGGAAGGGCACGAGCCGUCCGACUGGAGCAGCUACUAUGCCGAGCCCGAGGGCUAUUCCUCCGUGAGCAACAUGAACGCCGGCCUGGGGAUGAACGGCAUGAACACGUAUAUGAGCAUGUCGGCGGCCGCCAUGGGCAGCAGCUCGGGCAACAUGAGCGCCGGCUCCAUGAACAUGUCCUCGUAUGUGGGCGCAGGCAUGAGCCCAUCGCUGGCCGGCAUGUCCCCUGGGGCCGGAGCCAUGGCUAGCAUGGGUGGCUCGGCCGGGGCGAGCGGAGUGGCGGGCAUGGGGCCGCACCUGAGUCCCAGCCUGAGCCCACUCGGGGGACAGGCUGCCGGGGCCAUGGGCGGCCUGGCCCCCUACGCCAACAUGAAUUCCAUGAGCCCCAUGUAUGGGCAGGCGGGCUUGAGCCGCGCGCGCGACCCCAAGACGUACCGGCGCAGCUACACGCACGCCAAGCCGCCCUAUUCGUACAUCUCGCUCAUCACCAUGGCCAUCCAGCAGAGCCCCAACAAGAUGCUGACGCUGAGCGAGAUCUACCAGUGGAUCAUGGACCUCUUCCCAUUCUACCGGCAGAACCAGCAGCGCUGGCAGAAUUCCAUCCGCCACUCGCUCUCCUUCAAUGACUGCUUCCUCAAGGUGCCCCGCUCCCCGGACAAGCCUGGCAAGGGCUCCUUCUGGACCCUGCAUCCGGACUCGGGCAACAUGUUCGAGAACGGCUGCUACUUGCGCCGCCAGAAGCGCUUCAAGUGCGAGAAGCAGCUGGCCCUGAAGGAAGCCUCCGGGGCCGCCGGCGGGGGCAAGAAAGCUGCGGUGGGGGUGCAGGCCGCGCAGGGUCAGCUGGGCGAAGCGGCCGGGUCGGUGUCCGAGACUCCGGGGGGCACCGAGUCACCCCACUCUAGCGCCUCUCCCUGCCAGGAGCACAAGCGUGGGGGUCUGGGGGAGCUAAAAGGGACUCCCGCUGCGGCGCUGAGCCCCCCGGAACCGGCGCCCUCGCCUGGGCAUCAGCAGCAGGCUUCUGCACACCUGUUAGGGCCCCACCAUCACCCUGGCCUGCCCCCAGAGGCCCACCUUAAGCCUGAGCACCACUAUGCCUUCAACCAUCCCUUUUCCAUCAAUAAUCUCAUGUCCUCAGAGCAGCAACACCACCAUAGCCACCACCAUCACCAGCCGCACAAAAUGGACCUCAAGGCCUAUGAACAGGUGAUGCACUACCCGGGCUAUGGUUCCCCUAUGCCGGGCAGCCUGGCUAUGGGGCCGGUCACGAACAAAGCUGGCCUGGACGCCUCGCCCCUGGCCGCGGACACCUCCUACUACCAGGGGGUGUACUCUCGGCCCAUUAUGAACUCCUCUUAAGGCAGCCCAUUCUCACGAGUUCUGACGAGGAGGAGUAGAGACCAGU